AGCUCAGUGGCUAAACCAGGCAUGAUUUUAGUUUUCUUAUCCUCCGUUUUUCCGCGCACUCACCACACUAUUCCUUGAGCUUCAGUGACUAACUCCCGCCAGAUUACGUUUGAAUUGCAAACUAUAAUAAAUCGGUGUGAUGAGGAGAAACCAAGCCAAUCAUAUUCGUAUUCAUGGGCUGAGGGCGGUGCCAUGCGGCCUCCCCGAUCAUAUCGGCUGGUUAUCAACUUGUCAAUCACUGUUGUAGGCCCAUUUUGAUUAGUUGCAGCCGGCGACAACCUAGACAGAGGCGCCCAUCCUUCACUCACGAGUCACGUAGCAAGUUCUUUAAAUUGAUUUCAAGGCAUAGAGAUGAACACACGGUCCGGUAAAAUGUCCAACCCCAGCGGGAAUGCGCAAACUACCGCAUAAAUCCAGGUACUGUCGGAAAAAAGAGGAAAAAGUCAACAGCGGGAAUUUCGAAGGAGAGGGAAACUUCAACUGUGGACCAGCCGGAUGUGCACAUGGACGAUGACGGUGUCGAUACUGAGGAAACUGUAGCUCCAACAGCAUUUCUGCAUUUUAAGAAGAAAGAGCUUAAACGAUGUGAGGCCAAGAAGAAGAAGCAGCACACAGUCACCAAAAAAAUCAGUGACCUGACUAAGGAGAGAGACUCCCUCUGCCAACAAGUUGGUCAAAAUAACAGUGGGACAACUGACUCAUCCUCCUCGGCCAACACAUCUCCUGGUGCAUCUUCUUUUUCUUCGUCCUUCAGUUCAUUCAGCUCCUCUUCAUCCAGCACCUCAUCAACUGCUUUUUCAGAUCAGAAAUUGAAGAAAAAACGCAAGAACAAAAAGAUGCACCGCCACCGGAGUCAAAAAAAAAAGGACAAAAGAAAGAAAAAGAAGACACAAAGGGAACACAGCAGGCAAAGAGCACGUCAUCCUCAAGAGGUCAUCAAGAGAUACAAGAAAGUCCUAAAGGCUUACAAGAAAGGGAGAAAGCUGAGUUUGGCAUAUCAGAAGGUCGGUGUUGACCGAAACACCAUUGUCAGCAAUGCUCCGAUCUGUGAAUUGGCUGUGGUGGCCCCAAAGACAUAUAAGGAGUUACUGGGUGCCCACACGCCACAGCAACGACUUCAGGACUUUUCAAAAAAAUGUCUGGAAGUGAUAAAUAGUGAUCCAAACCUUUUGAGGGAUGUUGAACAUCAAAAGAAGAAGGGAAAACUGAUUCCUCUGUCCAGGAAAGCUUAGGUAUUGAAACACUGCGGGAUGGUGUCACAGAGUAGUUCAGUGUUGCUCAGGUCCGGUUGACCAAAUAUAUUGAGUUCAAAUUGUUCUACAGCAAAAGUGCCAAUGGCUUGUUAUAGAUUCAUUUCUUUUUUUCUGUUCUGCUCAAAAAGUUCUAAAAUUCCGUUUUAUUCUGCUGAUCUGCCAUGUGACGACUCAGUAUGUGUGGAAAAGGAAUAAACAGUGUUCAACACUUAA